AUGAGAACAGAGCUGGGAGAAUACAUUAGGAGAAUCACCACUGUACCAUUGCCCACAGCACCCAACAUACCCAUAACUGAUUAUGAGGUGUCGAUUACAGGUGAGUGGGUCCCAUGGCAGUCCAAGGUUCCUCAGAUUGAAGUUGAGACACACAAGGUUGCUGCUCCUGAUGUUGUAGUACCAACCCUAGAUACCGUCCGCCAUGAAGCUUUGCUGUAUACUUGGCUAGCGGAACACAAACCCCUGGUGCUCUGUGGCCCACCAGGUUCUGGAAAGACUAUGACCCUUUUCAGUGCUCUCAGAGCCCUCCCUGAUAUGGAGGUGGUUGGACUUAACUUCUCUAGUGCUACUACCCCAGAGCUACUUUUGAAAACUUUUGAUCAUUACUGUGAGUACAGGCGUACACCUAAUGGAGUGGUGCUGGCUCCUGUGCAGCUAGGAAAGUGGCUGGUGCUGUUCUGUGAUGAAAUCAACUUGCCAGAUAUGGAUAAGUAUGGCACGCAGAGAGUCAUAUCCUUCAUUAGACAGAUGGUGGAACAUGGAGGUUUCUACCGUACAUCGGAUCAGACCUGGGUGAAAUUAGAGAGGAUUCAGUUUGUUGGAGCUUGUAACCCACCUACCGAUCCUGGAAGGAAACCACUUUCACAUAGGUUUUUACGCCAUGUCCCUGUGGUGUAUGUGGACUAUCCUGGACCAGCUUCACUUACUCAGAUAUAUGGAACAUUCAAUCGUGCAAUGCUGAGGCUUAUCCCAUCGCUCCGCACAUAUGCAGAACCUCUUACUGCUGCCAUGGUAGAGUUCUACACAAUGUCACAGGAAAGGUUCACCCAGGACACACAGCCACACUACAUUUAUUCACCUCGUGAAAUGACUCGAUGGGUGAGAGGUAUCUCUGAAGCCUUAAGACUAUUAGAAACCUUACCUGUUGAAGGCCUUAUUAGGAUUUGGGCACACGAAGCCUUGCGUCUCUUCCAAGACAGACUUGUGGAAGAUGAGGAGAGACGUUGGACUGAUGAAAACAUUGAUAUGGUAGCUCUGAAACAUUUCCCCAACAUAGACAAAGAGAAAGCUAUGAGCAGACCCAUCUUGUACAGCAAUUGGCUGUCAAAGGAUUAUAUCCCAGUGGAUCAGGAAGAGCUGAGAGACUAUGUAAAAGCCAGGCUGAAAGUGUUUUAUGAAGAAGAACUUGAUGUGCCACUAGUGCUGUUCAAUGAAGUUUUGGAUCAUGUGCUAAGAAUUGACCGAAUCUUCCGCCAGCCUCAGGGUCACUUGCUUCUCAUUGGAGUUAGUGGAACAGGGAAAACUACUCUCUCACGAUUUGUGGCUUGGAUGAAUGGUUUAAGUGUUUACCAAAUAAAGGUUCAUAGAAAAUACACAGGUGAAGACUUUGAUGAAGAUCUGAGAACGGUCUUCAGACGCUCUGGCUGCAAGAAUGAGAAAAUAGCAUUUAUAAUGGAUGAGUCAAAUGUACUGGAUUCUGGAUUCUUGGAAAAAAUGAAUAAUCUUCUGGCCAAUGGAGAGGUUCCUGGUCUCUUUGAAGGAGAUGAAUAUGCCACCCUUAUGACUCAAUGUAAAGAGGGAGCACAGAAAGAAGGUUUAAUGCUAGAUUCACAUGAAGAACUGUACAAAUGGUUCACCAGUCAAGUUAUUCACAAUCUCCAUGUUGUGUUCACCAUGAACCCAUCUUCUGAGGGCCUGAAGGACAGAGCAGCUACUUCUCCAUCUCUCUUCAACAGGUGUGUCUUGAACUGGUUCGGAGACUGGUCAACUGAAGCACUGUACGAAGUUGGCAAAGAGUUUACAAGCAAAAUGGAUCUUGAGAAGCCAAACUACAUUGUGCCAGACUAUAUGCCAGUUGUGUAUGAGAAGUUACCACAACCGCCAUCACAUAGGGAAGCUAUUGUAAAUAGUUGUGUAUUUGUUCAUCAGACCCUUCAUCAGGCUAACGCUCGUCUAGCAAAAUGGGGAGGCAGAACUAUGGCCAUCACACCACGUCACUAUUUGGACUUCAUCAACCAUUAUGUCAACUUGUUCAAUGAGAAAAGGAGUGAGCUGGAGGAACAGCAGAUGCAUUUGAAUGUUGGCCUUAGAAAGAUCAAGGAAACUGUUGACCAGGUGGAAGAACUGCGUAGGGACUUGAGAAUAAAGAGCCAGGAGUUGGAAGUAAAGAAUGCAGCAGCUAAUGACAAGCUGAAAAAAAUGGUGAAGCAUCAGCAAGAAGCUGAGAAGAAAAAGGUUAUGAGCCAAGACAUUCAAGAGAAGCUGCACGAACAGCAAGCAGUAAUUGCAGAUAAGCAAAUGAGUGUGAAGGAGGAGCUAGACAAAGUCGAGCCUGCUGUCAUUGAUGCUCAGAAUGCUGUGAGCUCUAUAAGGAAGCAGCAUCUUGUUGAAGUAAGAGCAAUGGCCAACCCUCCUGCUGCACUGAAUUAUGCUGAUAUGUUGAAGCGAGUAGAACCCCUCCGCAAUGAACUACAGAAACUGGAGGAUGAUGCCAAAGACAAUCAACAGAAAGCUAAUGAGGUAGAACAGAUGAUUCGUGAUCUCGAGGCCAGUAUUGCUCGCUACAAGGAAGAGUAUGCAGUGCUGAUUUCGGAGGCUCAAGCAAUUAAGGCGGACCUGGCUGCAGUUGAAGCAAAAAAUGCUUUAAUGGCCUCUCUACACAACAGUUUGCCUUUCAAUAUGUUUCCUCCUUUGGACUUCUUACAAAGAGCUUUGCUGACCAUUGAUAAACAGACCAGAGUAAACCGUAGCACUGCACUCUUGAAGAAUCUGUCUGCUGAACGUGAAAGAUGGGAGAAGACAAGUGAAACCUUCAAGAACCAGAUGUCCACUAUUGCAGGAGACUGUUUGCUUUCAGGAGCUUUUAUUGCUUAUGCUGGGUACUUUGACCAGCAAAUGCGACAGAACUUGUUCACUACAUGGUCCCAUCACUUGCAGCAAGCAAAUAUCCAGUUCCGUACAGACAUUGCAAGGACAGAAUACCUUUCCAAUGCAGAUGAGCGUCUUUGCUGGCAAGCAAGUUCUCUACCUGCAGAUGACCUGUGCACAGAAAACGCUAUCAUGCUUAAGCGGUUUAAUAGGUAUCCACUGAUCAUUGAUCCUUCUGGACAAGCCACAGAGUUCAUUAUGAAUGAAUACAAGGACCGUAAGAUCACUCGUACUAGCUUUUUGGAUGAUGCUUUCAGAAAGAACUUGGAAAGUGCACUGAGAUUUGGUAACCCUCUACUCGUCCAGGAUGUGGAGAGCUAUGACCCAAUUCUGAAUCCUGUGCUGAAUCAUGAAGUCCGGAGAACUGGAGGUCGAGUGCUUAUUACCCUGGGAGACCAAGAUAUUGACUUGUCACCGUCCUUUGUCAUCUUCCUCUCCACCAGAGAUCCAACAGUUGAAUUUCCCCCGGAUCUCUGCUCUCGUGUUACGUUUGUCAAUUUCACAAUAACUCGCAGUAGUUUACAGAGUCAGUGUCUGAAUGAGGUCCUGAAAGCUGAAAGACCAGAUGUUGAUGAAAAACGUUCUGACCUCCUUAAACUUCAAGGUGAAUUCCAACUGCGUUUGCGGCAGUUAGAAAAAUCUCUGCUACAAGCUCUCAAUGAAGUGAAGGGACAUAUUUUAGAUGACACAAACAUAACUACUUUAGAGACCCUAAAGAAGGAAGCAGCAGAGGUCACCAGAAAAGUAGAAGAGACUGAUAUUGUCAUGCAAGAGGUGGAGACUGUAUCUCAGCA